AAUUAUCAUAGUAACUGGUUGAGGUAAGGUUAAGUUGGGGGCAUACGUUAUAGCUGUGUGGCUGCGGUGCUCAUCUCCGUCGCACUGGCCUUUGAAUCUGUGGUGAGAACUCCUUUCCCCGGGACGCAGGGCCAGUGUGACAUCCGGAUUACCAAAAAAAUUGAUGAAUAAAAGGAGAUCCACAAGAUAUGGCAUACAUUUUCCUGAACUUGGGCAUCAUGAAAAUUUGACUGACCCUCCGUAAGGGCUGUGUUGUGGUGUCAGGACUUCGCUGGGUCACACCAUAGAGCGAUGGUAACACCAGUGACGGUUGAGGUGGUGGACCCGGACUCCAUCGGAAAGUUUUUGUAAAAACAUUUCACGCAUAUAAAUUUUAAAUUAGGGGUUUUUGUUUCCCUCACCCUUCCUUCAAAGUUUUGUUCCGGGUUGGUGACACACUGCGUAAAGUAAUGUCUUGGCCACGCAAGAGGCCCAGGAGCUUUGGGAUAAACGCUGAGGAAAAGAGAGAGUGCAUUUGGGUCCGCCCAGCGUAUGGUGCCGUCCUCAGAGCGUGUGGAAGCUUUCGUGACUCACUUGUGCUCACGUCCGCGCGCUAGUCAGACACUCGCGCCAAGAGUCACCCAACGCCGUGGUUGUGAAGUUUCCUCUUCUAAGUCUGUCACAUUCUAGCCACUUGUGAUCUGAGGAACACCUGAUGCACCAGACGAUGUCGAUGGGUUCGUUGUAGUGGCGAGCCCUUAUCUGAAGCCGCGUGCUCGACUGGAGGCCUCACAGCACCAUGAGGGUCUUGCCGCUGGUGCUACUCAUCUGCUUGGUGGGGGUGGCCGCCGGCGUCAACUUCAACAUCUUCAGGUGGCCAUCUUUUAACCGCAAGGGCAGGGGACAGAGUGGCGUUGGGUACAGCGGCAGUGGUAGCGGCCACAGGGGCGGCGGCGGCGGGUAUGGCGGUGGUGGUGGUGGCAAAAGGAAACCCAACCCGCUGCGGAGUCUUCAGAGACUUAAGAGUCAAGCUUUCACGGGCCUUAGGAACCUAAAGGCUCCCAUCAUUGAUGGCAUACGAAACAUAAAGGCCCCUAUCAUUGAUGGCAUCCGGAACCUGAAGGCACCCAUCAUUGACGGCAUCCGGAACCUGAAGAGUCACGUGACUGAGUUCAAAGGCACUUUCUUAAGGCAAGCCAAGAGUCUGCUCAGCAAAGGGAAAGGCCAAAGCCAGGGCACGUCCAGUUACUACCGCCAGCCCGCCUCACACUACGGCGGAGGAGGGGGAGGAGGGGGCUACGGAGGCGGCGAUGGUGGUGGAGGUGGAUUUACCAGCGGUGGUUAUGGAAGUGGCGGAGGCGGCACGGGUCAUGGAGGAGAAGGUAGGGGCUAUGGCGGUGGUACUGGUGGUGGCGGUGGCCAUGGUAGCAGCGGACAUGGAGGUGGCAGUCAUGGUGGUGGUGGUGGCGGCGGCGGCUACAGUGGCGGGGGCGACGGUGGGCAUGGGGGAGGUGGUGGCCAUGGUAGCAGUGGACAUGGAGGUGGUGGUGGUGGCGGCGGCGGCUACAGUGGCGGGGGCGGCGGUGGGCAUGGGGGAAGUGGCGGCCAUGGUGGAGAUGGCGGUAGUGGGCAUGGAGGAGGUGGCGGCGGUGGCUAUGGGGGUGGUGGUGGGGGUGGCCAUGGAGGAGGCGGCGGUCACGGCGGAGGUGGUGGAGGUCACGGUGGAGGUGGUGGAGGUGGUGGAGGUCACGGUGGAGGUGGUGGAGGUCACGGUGGAGGUGGCGGUGGCGGGAGCAACGGAUACAUACAGGUGUCCCAGCAGUCAACGCCCUCAUCAGGCUACAGGGCACCUCCAGCCUCUUCCUUCUCGAGCACCGGCACUCCGUCAGCACCUGCCUCAGGAUAUGGCACUCCUCCAGCCACCACGGGCUUCACAGGCUUCAGUUCGCUGCGACCCCCCGCCUCCAGUUAUAGCGCCCCUGCUAGUCCAGCGGCUGGAGUCAGCAGCUACAGCUCCACCGGAAGUAGCACUGGUGUCCGGCCGGCUGCCACCUCCGGCCACAGGGCCGCUUCAGGUGGUGGCUCUGGGUCUGCCUCCAGCACAGGGUACCGCGCUCCAACUAACACCGGCCUCGGCUUGUCCCAGUCCCAGACCAGCUCCUACAGUCACACAGGGACGAGUCCGACAGGGUCAGGAGACAAUAGUUACAGUGCUCAGAUUAAUGCCCCGCUCUCAGCAGCCAUGGCAAUGGGUCACCUUCUGAACGAGGAUGAAGUUGUGAAGGGAAGGGAGGAAAUCGGAGUUUGGCGUCCUGUGACUGGCAGCAUCGGGGCAGCGCCGGCCCUCAACUCGCUCACUCCUGUCUCGGUGGGCACGGCGACGUCUGGCCAUGGCACAGCAGGCCAGACCUCUGGUACAACGGAGGAGCCGCUUUUCAUUGAUCUGGGAGGUGCGGGAGACAUCACUGGCUCCACUGGUGGGCAGUCUACAGACCCCGCCGUGGUGGUUGAUGACGACACGUAUCUAGUAUCGGCCACUGAAGAAUACGACCUCUUAGUGGACAAAGGUAACCCUGACGAUGCUGCCAAGGCCCUGGCCAAGGUUGUGGACGCGGCCUUACUCAUCGACGACAAGUCUGAGGACCACACGCUGCUUGUCAACGACGAAGCCAACACGAUUGACUCCACCCUGCUGAUCGAGGACAACUCUCACACCCGCUCGUUGACCGCUGGCCGCCCGCAGGAACACCUGUCCUCCGUAGGGCAGAUAGACAGCACGGCGGGCACCGGCCGGAGACUGGACAGACUGCAGUCAGGCCAGGAGUCCAAUAUGAUGUUUUCGGGGCUAAUGGAAGCCUUACAUCUCAACACCCUCAUGGCCCUCAUCCGGCGGGCCAACCUGGAGGCCAUGCUCACCACGGAGGGUGGGUUCACGAUUUUCGCGCCCUCGGACUCUGCCUUCUCGCUGUUGCCCCGCUCGGCCGUGGCGCUGCUGCAGAACAACACGGAGAAGCUGCGGGAGGUGGUGCUGUUCCACGUGGUGCCCGGCGAGCUUCGGGUCAACGACUUCACCACCAAUGACAUGCUGAGCUCCGCCUCGCCCCGCGGCCGUAAGCUGAGGGUCAACGUGUACGAGCACGGACCAGACUAUCAGGUGGUGACAGUGAACGGGGCACGCGUGAGGCGUCCCGACAUGCUGGCCACUAACGGCGUCAUCCACGUCAUAGAUCGAGUACUCUACCCGAUGGCUGACCUCUCCCUCCUCGACCACCUCACCUCCUGCGACACCUUCACCGGUGCUAAUGUGGCAGUGACAGGUGCAGGGCUGACCCCAGUGCUGGAGCAAGAGGGUCCGUUCACAGUCUUUCUCCCCACCACAGAAGCUUUUGCUGCCAUUGACAACGCCACAGUCUCCAGUUUUAUUCAGAACAUCACACUGCUGCAACAUGUGCUAAUGUACCACAUUGUGCCGGGUGCCUACUUCAGUGAAGGACUGAGAGAUGGUAUGUGGUUGCCAACUCUUGCCCAGGAACAAGAACUGUUGUUGCGAGUCACCUCGGAUGGCUAUUCUCGACGUCUGGCUGGUGUGGGCCAUGCUGCUCGGGUUAUUAAACAUGACAUAAUAGCAACAAAUGGUGUCAUACACGUCAUUGACACCGUGCUGAGGCCUGAACUAGAAACUCCAAUAUGUGGCCAUUUUUAGAAGGCAGAAGUAUAAUCAAAAGAUAAGUUUUGAACAUUAGAUACAUAAAUAUCUGCUUCAUCAUAUUAGAAGUAUGUUUGUGAAUCUCCUUAAACUGAUGAAACUAUAGUGCACAAGACUAACAGCAGCAGCUUAGUGCCACAAGGAACAAGUUGUUUGCUACAAGUGCUGUUUAGUAGUAACAUGCAGACAGACGCUUUUACCCUGCCUUCAGGACCAGUGGUGGUGAUGCGUGUGAGCAAAAACAUACUAAAUGAACAUUAGGAAUAAUCACGAGUGUUUGGCAUGAAGUGUCUACCAUACAUAGCAGCUGAAUUGUUUGCUACAAGUGAAUUUAUAAGAUGGUUACCCUUUAAUGGACUUGCAAAUGGCCAGAAAACUGAUUGUUUGCACACCACAAUUAUAAGUUUGGGUAACCCAAUGAAAGCCAAUGAAAAGUUUGUAUCAGAAGUGGGAUUAUUUGUUUUCUACCUAUAAGAGCACCCCAAAGUAUUUGUGAAAUUAUGAAAAAUGCAUUGAGCAUAUUUGGGUCUUGUAAUGUGGCACAGUUGUGGUGUAAGCAGUGUGUGAUGCUACAGUGGUUCAAGGACAGAAAAUGCAAAGUUAAUUCUACCUCUGUAUAAAAUAAGAAUUUUCCCAGAAGUAAC